CUCAAGUCUCUCGGAGGUUCCUUCGUCAACAUGUCUUCAUCAGAGGCUAAUAAUGGCCCGAGCCAAGCGCCACCUUAUCCAGGUGUACCGCCCUCAGGGAUGCCUCCACCCUUUAUGGGUCCACCAGGAAUACCGCCUCAUUUCCCUCCUAUGGGGAUGCCUCCAAUGGGGCAGCGACCUCCCAGUAUGACCCCUAUGCCUCCAGGUAUUAUUCCUCCCGGUAUAAUGCCACCAAUGGGCGCACCUCCAAUGGGACAGAUGGCAGGCAUGAUGCCACCUAUGAUGCCAGGGAUGAUGAUGCCUCCUCGCAUGCCAGCUGCAGCUGUACAGCCAACGGGACCGCCUGGCGUUGACUCUUCAGCUGCUGCACCUGGAACAGCUAGUACCACAAAUGGUUCUCCACAGGAGGAACAGCCAAAGAAGAAGUCACUGUGGACAGAGCACAAGUCUCUGGAUGGCAAGACCUAUUACUACAACACAGAGACCAAGCAGUCCACAUGGGAGAAACCAGAUGAGCUCAAAUCUCCUGCAGAGCAAAUGCUUUCCAAAUGCCCAUGGAAAGAGUACAAGUCAGACACAGGGAAGCCUUAUUAUUACAAUUCUCAGACAAAAGAAUCCAGAUGGACUAAACCCAAGGAGCUGGAGGAUCUGGAAGCCAUGAUCAAAGCAGAGGAGAAUGGAACAACAGAGGCAGCAGCUUCUGGGACCACCACAGCUUCUGCAGCACAGGCAGAUAACACAACCUCUAUGGCAACUGUAAUGGAGGCGGAAACUGCAACAGCAGUCUCAGAGGAACACCUGUCCCAGACGGCCGUGCAUCAUACAGCUGAGGUCAAGACUGCAGAUGCACCUGUGGCUUCCUCAGAGAACUCAGCCACAACAGAGGCUGCAGCCAGUGUUGAAGUCCCAAAGGAAGAACGUCCAGAACUUCAAAAGAAGACUUACAAAUGGAACACAAAAGAGGAGGCCAAGCAGGCCUUCAAAGAGCUGCUGAAGGAAAAGGGUGUGUCCUCAAACUCCUCUUGGGAACAGGCUAUGAAAAUGAUUAUCAAUGAUCCUCGCUACAGUGCCCUCCCCAAACUAAGUGAGAAGAAACAGGCUUUUAACGCCUACAAAGUCCAAACAGAGAAGGAAGAAAAAGAGGAGGCCAGAAUUAAAUACAAGGAGUCAAAAGAGACCUUCCAGAGGUUCUUGGAGAACCAUGAGAAGAUGACAUCCACCACCAGAUACAAGAAAGCAGAGCAGAUGUUCAAUGAGCUGGAGGUGUGGAGCUGUGUUCCAGAGAGAGACAGACUCGAGAUCUACGAAGAUGUACUGUUCUAUCUAGCAAAGAAGGAGAAGGAACAAGCCAAGCAGCUAAGAAAGAGGAACUGGGAGGCUCUGAAGAACAUCCUUGAUAACAUGGCCAAUGUUACCUACCGUACCACCUGGUCUGAGGCCCAGCAGUACCUGUUAGACAACCCCACCUUUGCAGAAGACGAGGAGCUACAGAAUAUGGACAAAGAGGAUGCCCUUAUUUGUUUUGAGGAGCACAUCCGGGCAUUGGAGAAAGAAGAGGAAGAGGAGAAACAGAAGACUCUUCUUAGGGAGAGACGGCGACAACGCAAGAACAGAGAGGCCUUUCAGAAAUUUUUGGAUGAGCUCCACGACCACGGUCAACUUCACUCCAUGUCUGCCUGGAUGGAAAUGUAUCCAACCUUGAGUUCAGACAUCCGCUUUGCCAACAUGCUGGGCCAGCCCGGCUCCACGCCUCUGGAUCUGUUUAAAUUCUAUGUGGAAGACCUGAAGGCCCGUUACCACGAUGAAAAGAGGAUCAUUAAAGAUAUUCUUAAGGAUAAAGGUUUCCUGGUUGAAGUCAACACUAGCUUUGACGACUUUGGAUCCGUCAUCAGCUCAGAUAAGAGAGCCACCACACUGGAUGCAGGCAACAUAAAGCUGGCCUUCAACAGCUUACUGGAGAAGGCUGAAGCUAGAGAGAGAGAACGAGAAAAAGAGGAAGCCAGGAAGAUGAAACGGAAAGAAGCAGCCUUUAAGAACAUGCUGAAGCAGGCCACGCCGCCGCUGGAACCUGAGUGCACAUGGGAGGGAGUCAGAGAACGAUUCCUUAAAGAAUCUGCAUUUGAAGAUGUGACUCUGGAGUCAGAGAGGAAAAGGAUAUUCAAAGACUUCAUGCAUGUCUUAGAGCAUGAAUGCCAGCAUCACCAUUCCAAGACAAAGAAGCACUCGAAGAAGUCCAAGAAGCAUCACAGAAAACGCUCCCGCUCCCGAUCGGGUUCGGAAUCAGAGGAAGAGGAGUACCACAAGAAGAAAAAGAGGUCGCAGUCCAAAUCCCCUUCUGAGCGCUCCUCUAGUGGAGAGUCUGAGAGAAGCUAUAAGAAAUCGAAGAAGCACAAGAAGAAGGGCAAGAAGAGACGCCACAAGUCUGCAUCACCGGAGUCUGACAACGAUAAGAAAGGAAGAGAGCGAGACGGAAAACGUGAAAAGGAUCUAGAGAAAGAUAAAGAAAAUGAAAAGUCUCGAGGGAAAUCCCACUCCGACUCCAAACAGAAGUCGCCGAAAAGGAAAGCACCCAAAGAGGAGGGCGGCUGGGACACGUCAGGCAGCGAACUGAGCGAAGGAGAGCUGGAGAAAAGAAGAAGAACUUUACUGGAGCAGUUGGAUGCACCUUGAUGAAAACAUUUCAGCUGUAGGUCCGUCUCUACACACUUCUACAGACACAUUCUCCUCACGCUCAUAUGGUUUGCCUGGUUACGCCACCCGGGACUGGCCGCGAAGUGUCGUACAUUUGUGACGACGAAACAGUAAACUAACUCUAUCAGGAACCUCUACUGUUUAAAUGUGCAGUUGCUCUUUUUUUUGUUAUGCUUUAGUUUUACUUUUAGCUGACUGUAGUUGUACAUGUUUUCCAUCGCCGAUAAUUUUUAUAUUCAAUUAAAAGCAUAUCUCGACAUCAUGGUGACUGUCUCAAUUCUGGAAAAUGAGCAGAAAACAAUUAAAACAACCAUAAGAAGCGACCUCUGUCCGCAAGUUCAGAGGUGUUAGGAAAUAUCGAACUAAUUUGAGCAUUUGUUGAAAUUGCAUAAAUGUAAUAAAAGACUGUUUCAAUGGA